GUCUUCUUCUUCCAAGAUCUCAGGUCUGAGUGAGUCUCCGGUGUACGUGUAUAUAUGUUACCUAUAACAUAUACAAUAUAUUGUAUAGCUGUUAAUCUAUUCCCCCCGCCGCGAAAGUGGCCAAAGUCUUUAAUAAGAGUUGCUCUAUAUGUGGAACCAAAGAAAUCUUCCUUCAAGUGGAGCUGCAGUUUUGCUGAAUAAUCACGUGUGAGUUAGGGGCGGGCUCUUGGCAAGGAGGUUUUUUACGAGUAUUUACUACAAGGUCUUACUCCAGAAGAUUAACCAUCCCAAUCCUUCUGUCAGUCUCCGAUGCCAUGCCUGGUUAAAAAAAAAAAAAAAAUCUCAUCUUUUUUCCGAUCGUCAGUCACCCUAAAGAAUGGCCGAGCCUUCUGGGAACGAGCUGGCGUCCGCGGCUGCCAAGGGGGACCUAGUGCAACUUACUAAUUUGUUGCAAAAGAAUGUAAACGUCAAUGCACAAAAUGGAUUUGGGAGGACUGCGCUGCAGGUGAUGAAACUCGGGAACCCCGAAAUCGCCCGGCGGCUGCUCAGUAACGGGGCGAACCCCAACCUGAAAGACAGUACCGGCUUCGCUGUCAUCCACGACGUAGCUAGGGAGGGGUUUCUGGACACUUUGCAGACUCUGCUGGAGUUCAAAGCCGAUGUUAACAUUGAGGAUAACGACGGCAACCUGCCCUUGCACUUGGCGGCCCAGGAGGGGCACGUGCGGGUGGUGGAGCUGCUGCUGGCGCGCUCCGAGUGCAAGGUGGGCCACCAGAACAAGCGGGGGGCCACCGCCUACGACCUGGCCAAGCUGUACAGGAGGGCGGCCGUGGUGGAGCUCCUGGAGGCCAGCAGCUCCUUCCCCCCCAGCAUGGACUGAAAACUGCUAGGACGGGGUCUCCUUUGGACGUGAGGGCAUGCAGACUUUUUGGGGUGUUUCCCUCCUUUUUAACGGCAUUUGUUGCCACUUUUUUUUUUUUUUUUUUUUCCCCUGAACAGCUGGUAGUGUAAGUCUCAAGAAAUUCCAGAGGUGGGUUUUUAGAUAACAGAAACGUUUGAAAUCCAUGCUCCCAGCAGUUUCCUAUACCUUUCACUUUACUCAGUGCUCACAGGCUCAUCUGUGUGUAUGUUGGUUGCUCAUAUCUAGUUUUCCAGUAUCAACUUUUGCAAUUUAUUUUAGGUCAUUUGUAUCAAGUCAUUAAUACAAGAGCUACUAUUCACACGCUUAAUGUUGCUGGACUUUUAAGAAAAGGAAAUAGUUUACUGUGAUUUCUCCCACCUCUCAACACACCCCUCCCUUCUCACUCCCCCCACCCCUUUCAGUCGGGCUCAAGAGUCUGAGGUCCUGUUUUGGUUAAAAACAUCCUUUAAAUAAGGGGUCACCUGCACAGGCAGAGCUGGAAGUCAAAGGGGACGGCCUGAGGACAGUGGAUGGCGCUUAGAUGCUUUAGGCAGUAACUGUAUUUUGUCACUAACAAGAGCUUGUAGAACUAGGUCACUUACUUUCUAAAUGUAGAUGACACUUUUCCUCUUUGUGUAUUUAAACUUUCACCAAUCUGGUUUUCAAUUUAGUUACCAGAAACAGUAUAAGUGGUGUUUCUUUGAUUGCCAGAGGUUUUAAACAGCUCAGUUUAGUAGUUCGUGUUUACUGUGCACUGCACAAGACGUUUUUUUCUAGUUUCAAAACAAGCAGCAGAGAACCAUUGUCAGAGGCAAGAGGACACGAAGGCUGCAAUACAAGAUUUCUGGUUGCUUCAUCUGCUGAGUGCAGUUUAGAUGUUCUUUAAGUAAUAUUUGCUUUCCACCAACUAUUCUGUUUUGUCUGGAAAUAAACUAUUUUAAUGACAGCAUCUCACAAAACAAGAAUAUUUGAAUACAGUGACAUUUAGGAAGCAGCACUUUUGAUAUUUGUGAAGUUAAGUUAUUGCUUGCACCUAAAACACAAUUUAACCAUUGGAAAUUUUCCAUUGCAACACAGCUGAGAGUAUUCACCAGACUGAAACUCAUUUGCCUCUCCAGCCUCAACAGGAGCUAACGAUGCUCAGCACCCUGUCGGGAACAGUCUAUUAUGAAACUUUUAACAUUUGUACAGGAUCUACUUGUUGGACAGAUGGGCAGUUUAAAGUGCUUCAUUUUGAAUAGUUUAAAUUUCAAUUGUGCAAAAUAGAAGGUUUUAAAUCAAUGCAAAAUGAAUACUACUUUAAAUAGCACUUAAAAGAGGAGAGGGAGUACAUUAGUUUAGUUUUUAACUUUUUUUUUUUUAAUUAGCCCCACAAAAUCAGUUACUACAUUUUCAAGUAAAAAAUAAUUUGCUGAAACUGUCACAUUUACUAUAAGCUCUGUCACACUGCUGUGUUCUGAUUAAAAACCUCUGUGAAAUAUGAAA